AUGUCCAGCGCCACUUGCAUCUUUUGCGCCAAUGUCGCCGAGCCAGCCUCGACGAAAUGCACGGCCCACAAGUACCGGCGAAAGUGCGUCGUCGACGACUGCUUCAACCAGGUCUACGCGCGCCUCCGCUGCGUCAGCCAUGGUGGCAAGAAGCUCUGCAAGCACCCGCAGUGCGAAACCCCGGCGCGUCGCGGCAGCUUUUGCACCAAACACGCGGCCAAGGUCGCGCGCCCGGCCCUUCACGCGUCUCCGUGCGCUGUCGAUGGCUGCGGCAUGCAAAAGCGCGUCGGCGGCUACUGCUGGCGCCACCGCAAUCGCAUGGCACCACCCACGUCGGUAGCCGACCUCGAUGAUGACGCGCGCGCGCUCGACGCCCUCCCACAGCUUUUCGAUUGGCUCCAAGUCGAAUUUGCCACGGCUUGA